AUGGCUACCGACCUGGCCACGACUUUGGACACCGUCUGUGUCAGCGUGGCUGACAGUGUCGCAGAAUCUUUGACCCCCCAAGAUGCUGCGGACGUCAAGCGCUGGGCUGCCGAUGCCGGGUAUGAGGCGAGGCAAGUCCGCGUUGAGGAGGAAGGCAUCCAGACGUUGGUGAUCGGAGACGGGGACCGCACCUACUUGUAUAUGGCUCGGUCUGCGAUGAACGGCUUGCAGACCAAGCUAAAGGGUGCGAGCAAGGCCCCCCUUGAGAAACGGCUGGGCAAACAUGGGGCGCGCCGAACCGACUAUGCCCAGGCCAAGCUCGCAACGCUUUCCCAGUUCGUCCGCUAUUAUCAGGACGCGUGCGAGGUACCCACGCAGAUUUGCGUGGCCCCAAGCCUCGACCAGCUCGACCGCAAAGCUUCGCUCUUGGUGAUGCUCGGCAGUGCCUACAAUUAUGCCCCCCCCAGCAACGGCUGGACUGGGGCGGCCCUCGCCACUGGUGUGUCCAUGCUUCCGAUGGAGCUGUUGUUCGAGGAACUUCCUCACAACUUCGGUUACCUGUACUCUGAGAUGCAGGACUACGGCGAUGGGUUUUCUGUCCCUACCACCGAGAAGACGACAUGGGCUGAAAUGACCUGGAUUGACGGUUGCUGCGACGGUUGCAGGCACGUGAAGUCAGCCUGGGAGGUCAUCUUGAAGAGGCCGGUUGUCGCCGGCCGCGGGCGCCGCGCGGAUGGCACAACUGACGACGUUGCCAUUGCCUUCGAAAUCAACAACAGCAUCGGCCCCAUGGCCUCGUGGACAGCCGCGCGUGUUGCCCGAAUAGAACCGAAGGUGAGAACGAUAGAAGGCAGUCAUGAAGAAGAUGGGGGGGUUGGAGUCAGGAACGUGAAAAUGCUCAUGACUCUUAAGGGGAUCAUGGAGGCUAACAUGAGUGGCAGAGCCACAGCCAUGGCGCCGGAAACCAGACGCGUCGACCACCUCAACGUGGCCUUGAUCUUCACUACCCUUGCACAUGCUGUGAUGGACGCGCACAAGAAGUAUCGCUGCGAGGAGUUCAUUUCGAACGCCGAGUACAUUGCAAAGAAACUCAUGGUCCCCAAAGACAAGCAAGUGGCUCAGAUGUUCCACAACUUCGCGGUCGGGGACAUCAUAAAGGAUGUGGAGCAGGCCGAAGCUGUGUGCGAAAAGUUCUGCCGCGGCAUCACCCUUGGCAUGGUCUGGUUCCGCGGACCACGGAUUGUCUUGGGGCCAGAGGCAGUUGAGCACGUGCUCGACAUCUUGCAGGGACCCCGCCAGAGGGCUGGUGCCCACAGCAUGCUCGAAGAGCUGGCCUAUUUCCUGCUGGCCAAGUCCCAGAUGGCCGUGGAGAAGUGGGCUCUGUCGACGUACAAAAUUCGGGCCACUGACACGCUGAAGUCUCUGAGAAGGACUGCCUGUCUCCAUGCGCGAUGA